GGAGGAGGAUUCUGGGGAGUCGGGGGAACCAGGGAAAGAAGAGAGGGCCGCAGACACAGAGGGAACAAAGGCUCAGGGGAGGUUAAGAAAGAGUGCAGUAGAAACAGAGACAGAGAGGAAGGAGAAGAGAGGAGAAACGACAAGGAGAAAGGAAAGUGAGAGACAGGAAGAAUAAAACCUGAAAGAAAGAAAAGGACAGGAGGCAGAGAUGAAGCUGGAGGGAUUCCUGCUCAGUCUUAUAUUGUCCCUGUCUUUCAGGGGCAGCUGGGGAGCUCCCCUGAGUGCUGAAGAGCCUAGGGGCUUGGCUGCUGGGGGAGAGAUCGGUGAAGGGUUAGGGGAGGGUGUCAAACAUGCGGUUGGAGAGGGUGUCAAACACGGGUUGGAGGAGGCCAUUGACCACGGAAUUAGGGAAGCUGCUGGCCCUGGGGUUGGGCAUUCAAUUGGUCAUGGGGUGCAGGAUGUAGGUAACGCCAUCAGUCACGCUGGGAGCUCUUUGGGCAAGGACAUCAGUAACGCCGGUGAGGCCCUCAGUCAUGGAACUGGUGGUGUUCAUCGUCCGUUGCUGGGGAUCCCUCAUGGGGCCAGCCAUACUAAUGUGCAUGGUGGCGGGCCUUCAUCUGGAGGGCACGGGGCCUCUGGAACCAGCAGCUCCCAUACUGGUCAUGGGCUCUUGGGAGGUCACGGAAGCCCAAGCAGCGGUGGAACUGGCUCUCAUGGAGCUUCACAGGGCCAAGGACAUCAUGGAGGCCCGGGAAGCCAUGCUGGGAGCCAUACUCAAGGAAGUCAGGGUGGCUCAGCUGGCCAGGGGACCGGUUCUCAGGGAAGUAAUUCAGGCAACGGGAAGCUGGUAGAAAGGAGCAGUGGCCAGGAAACAGGGUGCACCAACCCCUCACCUUCUGGGUCAAGUGGUGGAAGCGCCCCUGGGGGAGGCAGCAGCUCAACCCCAGGGUCCGCUAGCAGCGUCAGCACAACUACAGGCCUUUAUGCAAACCCUCCAAAGGAAACAAGCCCAGAAGCAACCACUAGUGUAAACAGAAACAACCAGGGAUCUACAUCAUCAUCUUCUGGCAAUGGUGGAAAUAGUGGUGGUAGAAGCACUGAAGGGUGUGAGAAUACAGGCAGUGGAAAUCAGGGAUCUGGCUCAGCACCAUCUUCAGCAGGAGGGAAUGGAGGUUCUGGUUUUGGAUCUAACACAGCUGGAGGAGGAAUGGGAGAAACUGAAGUCAACAGUGGAAAUGGUGUUAAGAAUGCUCCCAAUGCUCAAGGCUUCUUCAACUUUGAUACGUUCUGGAAGAAUUUUAAAUCCAAGCUGGGUUUUAUUAACUGGGAAGCCAUAAACAAGCAUAACUUCCCACGCCCCAGUACUCGGGUCUUCCUUUACUUAAGACGGCUCUGGGAGGAUUUCAAAUACAACACACCUUACAUCAACUGGCAACUGAUCACUGAGGGUGCAGAAGAACCUUCUAUUGAGAAGAGGGCUGGGGGUGCAAACCAGAACAACCAGCUGGCAUACCCCACUGUUAAUGGAGGACAGUACCUGAACGGAACACCGUCCAAGGGAUGGCAAAGUGGACAAGUGCCAACUUCCUCAGCUUCUCGGGCACAGCCAGACUUGCUCCAGUGGGUGAGGUUUUGGUAGAGCUCAUGACUUCCAGGCAUGAUGAGCCUCAGCACGGCACCACCAUCUUGGAGGAGCUCAGCCCCCCCCUCCCCUGCCCCCCCAGCCCCUUUCCCUGGCACCUGAGACCCCCAAGCAGUCUUCUUGUGGAAACCCCAUGUUUUCAGGCUUUGUUUGCGCACCCACCCCCUGCUCUGGCAGGUGACAGCAGUCAGGUGCCUGAACCCUGAGACAUGAGUAGUAUUCCGCCUCUCUCUCUCCCUCCCUCCCUAAUUUAUUGGUUACUAUGAAGACUGUACAGGAAGCACUUGCUGCUUUCUUUCAGGGUCUUCUCAAUGGAAAUAAAACACAAAUGUUGUUCCCUGCCAA